GUCAAACGAAUCAAUGUCAUUGGAGUUGGUUGGCUUCCAUUGGAUCCAUUCAGAAAUUAUUCUCAAUGGAUCAAGAGUUGUUCUUCAUUCGUCCCAAUGGAUAAAUGUGCCAACCCUGCCCACGGGUGACCCGUGGGUUGACCCAUGGGUGGCCUGUAAGUUGGCCCACAGGUUGACUCAUAGUUUUGUUUCCGAAGAUAAAUCUGCC